CUUUCUAAGUGGAGCUGGUCUCCACAAGCUUGCUGUAAUACCGGGGACUGGGAAUUCUACUAAACUCAAAAUUCAAAUAGAAUCCUGAACUGAAAAAAAGUUAGAAGCUCCCAAGGGGGAGAAGAAGAUUUUUUUUUUACUUGUUUUUCCCCCCUUUUUUAAGCAUCUCAUUUCCACUUGGAAAUUAAGGCAAAUUAACAGAUAAGGUUCCUCUAAAAGUGAAAGAGGACAAUCAAAAGAGGACACCACCCGGAGUGGAACUAUACCUUUAGAUUUUCAAGAGUCAUUAUCACUGAAAGAAAGAAUGGAUAUGUACCAAGCAGCAGCUUCAACCAGAAGUCAAAGCUCCACAGCACAAGUCCUGAAAGAGUCGGAAAUGUGUUCGGUGCCUGGUGGAUUGGCGAAUAUGAAGAAACAGUUUGAAACGUCUGAUGUAGCGUCUUCACAAAGCACCUUGACUCAAUAUCAGUAUCAGCACAAAGCCGUGAAGGAAACAAGGAAAAGUAAUCAAGUUACAUUCAUGAGCAGCUCUCAGUCUGCUGAACAACAUGUCUCUCAAAGUGAUUCCCAAUUUUUAGCUACUGGGGCAGAACAGGUAUCUGUUCAUGAGCAAAGUACCCAGGAGAAAAGCAGAACAUCUAAUUAUAAUCAUGAAGCUGAUGGAGUAGAUUAUAAAGAAAUCCCAAAGAUCUCUACACAGGUUCUAAAGGAACAAUUUGAAAGACCAUUCAAGGAAAAGGACAUUGCACAUGGAAAAAAAACUAAGAUUUAUAAUGACUAUCCAGAAUUUGAAUGGCCAGUGGUUAAUACCAACCUCAGUAACUCGACUAGCAGAGUCGUUGAUGAAACAAGUGCAGCAACAUCAGCAGAACAUACAUCAACAUCUGCUAAUGCUGGUUCUCUUCAUUUUGGAAGUUUAGAAGAAUUCCCACCACCUCCUCCAGACAUUUUAGAGACACCAGAUAUGACAGAAUUUUCCCAGUCCCCAGAACCUGCAAGCAACACAGAACGACAAGUGCCAACAGCAUCAAAAGAUGUAUACUCGAAGCAAAGAAACCUGUAUGAGCUGAAACGAUUGUACAAACACAUACACCCAGAAGUUAGAAAGAAUUUACAAAAGGAAUUUAUAAGUGAUGUAACUGACAUUGUGGCAAGCCAAAGAGAUCAAAAAAGUAUAGUAUCAAGUGAAGUGCAACAAGCUAAGUAUGCAUUUGAAAAUUCAAGAGAUAGUCCACAGAAAUGCAUGAGUCCUGAAAGAGAAUAUCUAGAGUGGGAUGAGAUAUUGAAAGGGGAAGUUCAGUCUAUGAGGUGGGUCUUUGAAAACCAACCUCUGGAUUCAAUUAAAGAUGACUCACAAGAGCAAAGCCAUUUUAAAAGUAUCGGAGAACAGGAAAUUAUAGCUGGUGGAGAUGUAAAGUAUACAACAUGGAUGUUUGAGACACAACCAAUUCAUGCAUUGAGUGCAGACAACUCUGACUCAUCUGAAGGUGUUGAAAAAGUUCCUGAACUUGCAAGAGGAGAUGUUCGAACAGCUACCUGGUUAUUUGAAACACAACCAUUAGAUGCCCUGAAUAAGAUUUACAAGGAGAAUGACUCAUGUGAAAUGCUUCAUUCUCUAGAAGAAAUAACAGGAGGGGAUGUAAAAACUGGAAAGUAUUUAUUUGAAACUCAGUUUAAUGAUAGCAAUUUUGGUAUUGUGGAUGAAAUGAAUAUGCUUCGACUCAGGUCAGAACUACAAGAAAUUAGGGGAGAUGUUAAAAGAACCAUAAAACAGUUUGAAACAGAACCCAAGUAUGUAUUGAAAGAUAGCUCAGGCAAAGUACUUGAAAUUAAAACUGUAUGCAAAGAGGACAUUGAAAAAGGAGAUGUUAAAACUGCACGGUGGAUGUUUGAAACUCAGCCGUUGGACACAAUAAACCAAGAUGAAGUUAAGGUUGUUCGAGGCAUAUCUAUGGAAGAAAGUGUUAAAGGUGGUGUAGGGAAAGCAAAAUGGCUAUUUGAAUCUCAACCUUUAGACUCAAUUAAAGAAGAACAAACAUCUGUUACUGAAAAAGAAGCCAUUAUUGGUGCUGAUGUAUACCAAAAAUGUUGGAUAUUUGAAACAAUUCCAAUGGAUUUGCUGAAGGAUAAAGAUAAUGAGAGACCUCUCCAAGGUGAGGAGAUAAUAGGUGGGAAUGUCAGUGAUACAAAAAAUUUAUUUGAAACUGUACCAAUUGAUGAGUUGAAAGAAAGUAUUACUGUUGGCAAACUUAAACAGGUUAUUACCACAGAAGAGGAAAGAGGAGAUGUGCAACAUCAAAGAUGGAUUUUUGAAACAAAACCUCUAGAACAUAUUAGAGAGGAAAGGAAAGAUUAUAUCCGCACUGUGCAGCUAGAUGAAAUCCAUAAAGGAGAUGUAAACAGCCACAAACUUGCUUUUGAGAAAGCAGAUUGGAAAAAUUUAGAAUUUUCUUCUAAAAUUCAAGUUGAAGAUGUUAAUACGGGCUCUGUAACACUUAACAGAAAACUUUUUGAAACAACACCUUUAUAUGCUAUCGAAGAUCGUUUUGGACAUUAUCAUGAAGUCCAAACUAUUCGUCAAGAAGAGGUUGUAAGAGGUGAUGUAAGAAGUUGCCAAUGGAUGUUUGAAACAAUACCCAUUGAUCAAUUUAGGGAAAGUGUUGAAAACUGUCAAAUUAUCAAAGGAAUCUCUUCCCAGGAAAUUGUUUCUGGUGAUGUAAAAACUGGAAAAUGGCUUUUUGAAACUCAGCCUCUGGAUGCAAUCAAAUAUUUUAGUAAUGUAGAAGAUGAAGAAAUUACUAAAGAAAAUAACAGUGAUAUUGUUAAAGGAGAUGUUAAGGCGUGUACAUGGUUAUUUGAAACCCAGCCUAUGGAAAAUCUUUAUGAAAAGGAAGUCAAGAAGACUAUCAAUGAGGACAUUCAAAAAGGAGAUGUAAAAACAUGCACGUGGCUUUUUGAAACCCAGCCACUAGAUUCUAUACAGGAUGAUUCUGAGAAAAGUAUGAACGAACACGUAAGAAAUGAGGAGAGAAUUCAAGGAAGCGAUGUCCAAACAGUUUGCUUUCUUUUUGAGACACAAAAUUUAGAAGAUAUACAAGGAGAAGAUAAAAAAGACUUUAAAAGAAUCGUUGAAAUUGAUGUCCAAAGUGGUGAUGUAUCCACUAUGAAAUAUAUAUUUGAAAACCAGCCCUUGGAUAAGAUUAGCUUAAGUUCAGAAGAAGUACUACAAAAAAUAAAAACCAUGAAACAUGAGGACCUUCAGAAUGGAAAUGUCUUAAAUUGCAGAUGGCUGUUUGAGAAUCAUUGCAUAGAUGAAAUCAAUGGCAACCUAGAAGAAAACAAAUCAUCUUAUGCUAUCAUGGAUGUGCAAGGAGGAAAUGUAAGGAAAGGGUGUUUUAUUUUUGAAACAUUUUCCUUAGAUCAAAUAAGAGAUGCAAGUACUGAAGACUCACUUACAAAAACAGUUGGUGAAAAUGAGAUAAUGAAAGGGGAUGUUAAAAAUUACACAUUGAUGUUUGAAACUCAGCCUCUUUAUGCUAUUCAAGACAAAGAAGGAUAUUACCAUGAAGUUACAACAGUGAAGAAAGAAGAAGUAUCUCACGGAAAUGUCUGUGGAACAAGAUGGCUGUUUGAGACAAAACCUUUGGACUCUUUUAAUGAAUCAGAUGAAGUUUUUGUUAUUAAAGCAGUCACCCAAGAGGAUAUUAAAAAAGGAGAUGUCAACUCUGUGAGAUGGAAAUUUGAAACACAGUCAUUGGAUGCCAUUUCUGAUGAUGUCAAAGCACAAUUCCGUACAGUUGAUUAUGUUGAAGGUGGUAAUGUAAAAGCCAAUAAAGAGCUAUUUGAGAAUGAAGAGAGCAAAAACCAGUGUGUGAGAACGGUAAGCAUUAGUGAAAUUAAACAUGGAAAUGUUAAGACUUCUACCUGGCUGUUUGAAACACAUACCCUUGAUGAAAUUCACACAGAAGAUUAUCACAAUUUAAAAACAGUAGCAAUGGAAGAUAUCCAUAAAGGAGAUGUCCAAGAAGCAGUGUGGCUUUUUGAAAGCCAAAAUCUGGAUUCAAUACGAGAUGAUGAGGAAUAUGUUACCAAUAUAAGAAAAGAAACAAUUCCACAGGCUGAUGUUAAAACAACAACAUGGUUGUUUGAAACAACACCUUUGCAUGAAUUUAAUGAUCACAAACUAGAAAGAGAAGAUAUUGUUGGUAAAAGCAUCCAUGAAACAUUAAAAGAGCUCUAUAGCCAAAACAUAGUGGAAUCCCAUGGGAUAAUAAUAGAAGCAGAUGAAAUUGGUGAUGUGCGUAUGGCUAAAUACCACCUCAUGAACAAAGAAACACCAGAAAUACAAAAAGAAGAAAUUAUAAGUGGAGAUCUUCAACACAUAAUGAUGAAUUUACUAUCACAAAACUCAACCACAGAAAGAAUGGUUCAGUUAAAUGAGGAAGAAAAAGGCAACAUUACUUUAACAAAAUCCCAGCUAUUAAAUCAGUCAUCUGAUGCUCAGAUUGAAAGAGAGCAUAUUACAGGAGGUGAUAUACAAGAAGCCAUUAAAAACCUUUUUGACAGGGAUGAUUUUAAAAAACAGGGGAUACUAAUUCAGGAAAGUGAGAAAGGGGACAUUAAAAUGACAGUUUACUCUCUUCUUAACCAAAGUGACAACACAAACUUUCAGCGUGAUGAAGUUCUUGGAGGUGACAUAAAACGCACAAUUUAUAACUUGAAAUCCUCUGCAAUGGACAACGAAAGAUCAGAAAAAGUAAAAAUAGGGGAGUCAGAAAGAGGAAAUGUCCAGUUUUACACAACUUGUAUUGAAUCUGGAGCCUUAGAUUAUUUAAAAAAAUUACAGCGGUCAUCGGAAGAUAUAAUCGAAAGAGAAAGUGAAGAAAUCAUUGGAGGUGAUGUUGAAGGUACAAAGCUAUUACUGAAGAAACAGCAAUCUCCAGUGGAGCGCACUGUUGAUGAAACAGACAUCAUCCCUGGAGAUGUAUAUAAUACAGUUAAGGUUUUUAUGACAGAGCCUGAGAAUAAAUUGUUUGAUGUAAAUAAAGAAGAAGUUGUAAAGGGUAAUUUGAGAGCAACCUUACAAUCACUUAACCAAGCUGUAAAUCAAGCUGUGCUUGUCGAGAAAGAACAAAUUAUUAAAGCUGAUCUCCCUGCAACUCUGAAGUCUCUCACUGAAUCACAGUAUCAAGUGAGAGACAGUGAAAAGCCAGAUGUCAUUCCUGGUGACAUUCAAGGAACCAUUGAGUCUCUUGAAAAAGCAGUGAAAACAAAGAUGGAGUUUGUGAGAGAGGAUGUUAUUAGUGGCAACAUUGAAGCAACAUUAAAAUCUCUAAAAGAAUCACAACAAACCAUAAAACACGCAGAGAAAGAGACUCUAGUUAAAGGUGAUGUAAAUGCUGCAGUGCAAAACCUUCUAGAAUCAUGUUCAGAAAAGAAAACUACUCAACAUCAAGCAAAUGUGAGCAAUGUGAAGGGCACCUUGAAGACUUUGUUGCAGCCAUCAUUUCAAACAACUCAACGAAGGGCAAGUGUGGAAGGUAAUGUUAAGAACACAAUCAAACAUUUUUUGCAGUCUACUGAAGAAACCCAAUCUGAAAAUGAAAUGUUCAUUAAAAAUGGAAUAUCAGGUGAGAAUAUAAUAUUUGAAGGUCAGAGUGACCAAACUGUUGCAGCAAAAAAUGAUUGCAGAAAUCAACAAAGCAUUAAUUCUUCACGGCAAAAUGUUAUUGAAGCACAUAACAUCUUUGUUGAUAAUGCAACUUUGAAAAAUGACAUGAAGUUGGAAAUGAAUGAUAUAUCUAGCUAUGAUAUACAUAACACGGAUGCAUUCUCUAGUGUGGAAGAAAGAAAAUUACCAAGAGCAAAACAUGAAACAUGCAAAACACGGGAUGAACAUAACACAGUAUCUGAUGUUCAAAACGCAGAAAUGAUAUCUGAAGGUAAAAUAAGUUUACUUCAAGGAUUUAAUGAAGGACAUAUAGAAAAAACACACACAGAUCUAAUCAAUCAAACUAAGGUGAUGCAAAAGGAAAAAUUGUCAGCCAGUGUAAGUAUGUCUAAAUCCUCUACAUAUAAGCAACCUAUCAAUGUGAUUAACAAAAGAAGUCAUCAUGCAGCAGACCAUGUUCAAAAACAAGUCACUAGCCAACAGACACAGCAUGCCCAGCAGUCAAGAAAAACUUUUGCCAAGGGUGAGGCGCAUUUUCAACAAACUCAAUCUUUGGAUUCACUCAAUAAUAAUGUUGAAAAUGCAGAGGAUGUGCAGAACAUCAAGCAAAAACACAGAAAAGCAAAAGAAACAGAAAAUGUAGAGAUGGUCCACAUUGUCAAAAAUAAAUCUGCUCAAGAGGCUCGGGAAAAAAGCAAAAUAGUAUCCUCCAGGGGAAAUCAUCAACAUCUAACAAAGAAUCAGAUUGAUUCUGCAAAUAUAUCAAAACAGAUUGAGAGACCUGAAAUUUUCUUCCUUCCUCCAUCACCAUUACCACAGACAUCAUCCAGUCAGCUUCCAUUGCCACCUCCACCACCACCUCCACCACCACCAUUACCAGUUGUUCGAUCCUUUAAGUAUAAUGAUGAGCCUGAAUAUUUUCCUUCACCACCUCCACCAGUAGAUGACAAGUUAGAUAAUGAAAUGCUUACACCACCACCAGAAACACCUCCACCACAUAUACAGCAUAAAGAUGUAGCUAAUAGAAAAGUGACCUUUCUACCAUUAGAACAGAGGACAUCACAAAGUGAACAGCUGCAGUCAUAUUCUAAUAUUGCAAACCAAACAGGGAUUUCUGUGUCCCAAAUGGCCUCCAAGACAGAGCAAAUUAGUAGAUUUUCUGAAAAACAAACAUCUGUUUUGCCACAGAAAUCUAGACUACCUAUUUUCCAACCUAAAAUUGGAGAUCGGUCAGAAACCAAGAUAAAUGAAAGUAAAAACAUCCAAAAAAAGUCCACAAUUUUACGAAAGGAAAGCACUAGUCACUCACACAGUGAAACAUCUGAACAUAUACGACAGCAUGGAUUACAGAUAACUAGUCAAGGAACUAUGGAAUCAAAGAAAAAUGUUUUUUGUUCACCACAAAUAUCUCAAGUAUCAAAACCUGACAUCCCUCCAUCAAAACCUUCAAUCAAUGAACAAAUAUCAAUUACAAUCAAGGAAGACCAAGUAAGCGCAAACAAGUCACAUGCUCAAGACAUUGAUCAGGUUAGAUGUGACAAAGAAUUAGAAAAAAUUGAACAAAGUUUGAAACCCAAGAAAAAGGUUGUUUUUUCACCACAACUAUCACCAGCAGUGAUCGGAACAUUGCCAAUAAAACCUGCAAUUACAAAAACUGGUGAAUAUUUACUUCCCUCCAGUAAAAUGGUCAUGGCGUCAGUUGAUGAAAAAGUAAGCACAAGUCAGUUAAAUGCAGAAGACAUAGAUCAGCACAUAUGUGAUCAGGAAUUAGUAAAAAAUAAUGAGGAAACAUUAAAAGACAAGAAAAAAGUAGUUUUUUCACAAAAAUUGUCCACAUCUCCACCCCCAAAAUGUAAAACAGACAAUAAAACAGUCAAUCAAGUGAAUGAAAGUAAGAGACAAAGCUUGGAGAUAGUUAAGUCAAUUGAGACACACAAUAUAAAAGCUAGUGAGUCAAGUGAGCAAGACUUGGAUCAACUGGCAUGCGAUCGUGAACUAGAAAGAAUUCAUGAAGAAUCUUUGAAACCAAAGAGAAAAGUGUUUUUUCCACCAAGAAUUUCUCCAGCAAUUAGAACUGAUACUCCAACAGCAAAGCCUAAAACAUACAUUAGAAAAUUUAAAACACCUCUUAUGAUUGCAGAAGAAAAGUACAGACAGCAAAGGGAAGAAAUGGAGAAUAAUAAAGCAAAGGUUGUAUCUCAGGUUAUUUCAACAACUACCAUCAAAUCAGAAGCAAAUCAUGUCACCAAAGAUUUGGAAUCAGGAAAUUCUAUAUUGAAAAUGUUAGAAAUAUCAUCAAAUGACUUUGGUCAUGUCAAUGCCCAAUUAAAUGCAAGAGAAAAUACAAUUUCCAGUAAGGAGUUUGAACAGAAUUUUAAUACAAGGAAACAUGAACCUGCUACACUAACAGUAACAUCAGAUCUGAGUAGUCUUUCAAAUACAGCAUCAACACAAGAAGAACAAGUGAAACAGGAACAAACUUUGAAGAUCAUUCAGGAAUAUAAUAUUGUGCAGCAAACAAAGGAACAGCUUAGCAAAUCAGAAAUAUCUAACAAAGUUGAUGAGUUGGAACUGGUCAAGGACAGUAGUAUUUCGCCUAAACCUGAAGUAACACAUGUUGAUAAACACAUUCAAAAUAAAAGCAAGUCAGAAAUGAAGAUGAAACAGAUACAACAUACUGGAAAUAUUUUACAAAAUGAGAGUACAAAUGUACAGAAAAAACGAGAUGCUGAAGAAAAACACAAAGUACGUUUCAGUGAAAAGCAGUUUAGCCAAAAAGUAAACGCACAGUCAAUUUCACAAAGUUCGGAACAACACCUGAGUAUAUCAAGAAAGAGCCAAACUCUGUCCAAUGAGACAGAAACACAAAAAGGGCAAAUCAAGCAUGUAGGUAUCUCAGUAUUCAAAGGAGCCGAAUCUCCAAGUCCACCAAUCUUAAAGAAAGAACAGGAAGUAACAGAACAGAUUAAAAUGGAUAGUGUACAAAAGCAAAAAAGUAUUGGUGUUCAUGAACAUUCUGAAAAGUCAAAGAGCUUCAUUGCACAAAAUAAAACAUCUCCUCUUCCUCCAAAAGAGACAAUUCAAGAAAACAAAGUGAGUUCUCAAUAUAAAACAUCUCCUCUUCCUCCGAAAGAGACGAUUCAAGAAAAUAAAGUGAGUUCUCAAAAUAUUGCAAAAGAAAGGCAAAUCAAUGAAACAACUGCAAAAAAAGAAAUUUCUGAAAAGAAACAGCAAAUGUCAUUACUACCAGAAGCACAAAACAAACAUGAAUUUAAUUCCCUGGAUGUAAUUGAGUACAUACGGAAAUGUGAGGAAUUACAGCAGACAGUAUCCAAGGCAAAUAAGCUUGAGUCAGAUCCUCAUACACUGAAUAUACAAACAUUUACAACCUUUCUAAAAAUUGUUCCCACCUGGUUAAUUAACCAAGACAAAAAGAAUGACAUGGCUGAAUUGGCUGCCUCCAAUGAUUCCAGUGGUAUUUCAGAGCAAAUAUCUUACAUUAAAAAUCAUGCAAUGAACAUGCAUUCAUCUUUUAAAGAUAAUAUACACACUGCUAUGAAGUCUUCCACCACUGCUAAAAGUAGACUGGAAUUGAGUGGUCAGAAUACUGUAUCACAGAAGCAGAUCAGCACUAUUUCCAGAAAGGUCGAGAAAGCCAAUCAAGUAUUUCAAGAGAAAUCAAAGAUCAGUAAGGAUCUUGGGAGAUUCUCUAGUGAUUUCAAACAAAUGGAUUAUAGGGCAUGUUCUCCUUCCUUAAAAACACGAUCUCCAUCGCCUACAUACAUAACAAUAGAGUCAACUAUGAGACGAACAGACUCACCCCAGAAAGAAAGGCAUUUAUCCCAAUCUCCUUUACAGAAAGAUUCUGUAACAGUACCUAUGCCACCAAAAAGAUCUAUGACACCUAAAACAACAUCGUCCUCCCCAACACCACAAAAGAACCGUUCUGAACAACUGGCAAAGCUGAAAGACACAACUGCAAAGCUAUCACAUGGGACAGCACAGGCACGAGCAGUCACCCCAGUUCCCAUUGUAAUUGAAAAAAAGUGUGAAAUUAUACACUCUCCUGCUACUCUAAGAAGACAGUUCAAAAUAGAAAGCCAUACCAAAGGCUCAGUAAGCAUCACACCUACACCAGCCAGUGAGGUUGCAUUUAGUACAUUAGAGGACAGAAGAGAAAUACAUGAAGAAGUUAGAAAAUCAGAAUUGCAUGAAACGCACCUACAGCAAGAUCCAAAACACAUUCCAAAAUGGCAAGGUACAGAUAUGGAUAGUUUGGAUGUAAUUUCAGUCACACAGAAAUUUGAAGUUCCCACAAGUCAUGCGUUCGAAAGGAAAGACACAAAUGUUCACUCAAGAGAGGAAGCAAAUUUACAAGAAAAGUCAGUAACAGACAGCAAGGCUAAAUUGCACAAGUCAGAUGAAAUGAGCUCUGGAAAAAGUGCAUUUAGGACAAGCAAAGGUACAUUUCAAACUGAGCAGAAGAAAGUGGUACAUCAAGGAAUCCAAAAAUCAUUUUCCGACGUCUCAGAAGUAAAGUCUUCUCCGCAUGAUAACAUGAAAGGAAAAACCAGAACUGUUCCGAUAAAACAGUUAAAAGGCCCUAAAGGAAAUGCUUCUCAGCAAAUAUAUGUAAAUAGGCAACAUGAACACAGAGAACACAUACUAAACCCAGUGUUACAUUCUGAAACAAUCUCUGUCACUGAAAAGGUUUCUGGUAUAGGAACAGUAGAAAGCAAUCUAGGCAGAAUCAGAUCAUCACUCAAUGCUGAUGGUAUAGAGUCUGGAUUUGAGUUUAAACAUGCACCUCCAACAUAUGAAGAUGUUAUAUCUGAACACAUGCUAGACAUUUCUGCUACUGAGUCCCCAGAGGAAAUACUAAAGAAUUUUCAAAAGACAUGGGAAGAAAGUGAAAGGGUCUUUAAAAGUCUAGGCUAUUCUGUCUCGGACACAGCUGAAAUAAGAAGUAGCUACCAUCAGGAAGAAUUUAUUACUGAAAAUGCUGCAUCAGGAAAAGGAAGUUUGCAUUGUUUGUCAAAAGAAGGUUUAUCCAAUGGAAUCCCUAACAGCAGACAAGCAGAUCUUUCAUAAGAAUUGCUUCGGCUGCAGCCACUGUGGCAGUAAAUUAAGCUUAGGAAAUUACGCAUCUCUCCAUGGAAAAAUAUACUGUAAACCCCACUUCAAGCAACUUUUCAAAUCAAAAGGAAAUUAUGAUGAAGGU